GUAAAAAAGGACCGGAGCAAAGACACUCCGAUGUUUAGUCGUUAGUCAACCAUUGUUCAACCACUAAGAGACGUCGCCUGGUCGAGGAGCGUGUACGGUAAAUGAACAUGGCCUCAAUGGGUAUCCUGCUUAUUUUCGCUCUCAUCUGUGUCAGCAUAAAUGCAGAUACAGAUUUUGUAAAGGUGGAAUGCAAGGCUCAACAGACGGGACAGUAUGGCCAGCAGUCACUGCUGGAGUGUGUUGUCAGAACCACAGCAGAUGUAGUGAACGCAAAAAUCAUCGUGGUCACUUGGAGGAAAAAAGGAGAUAACAAACCCUUGAUGGUUUACAACAGAGGGGAAAAGCAACUGCAGCCAGGCUACAAGUUUGCUGAGCCAUCCUGGAAUGUCCAAAACAUGAACGUGUCCCUGCUCAUCACCAACACUGCUCUAAAGGACAGCGGAAAUUAUUUUUGUUAUGUAAUGACAGACAGCGGUGAUCACACUGCCGACAUCAGCCUUGAUGUCACAGCUAAGUACAACAAACCAAAGAUAUACUACGACCCUGGGACAACAGGCGGUACCCUGAUGUGUGAAUCUGAUGGGGGCUUCCCAAAAGGUCGCAUUGGCUGGUUUAGUGAGCUCAAAGAUGAGUGGACAAGCAGCUCUCAAAUGGAGGCAAAGAAGACAGGAAGUGGUCUGUUUCACCUCUCGAGCAAGCUGCCUUUGCAGCCAGGAUCCAGGUUCUCCAACUACACCUGCAUAGUGUAUAAUGCCAGUGGAGGCAAAGAGGGGGAGAACACAUUUGUGCUUCCAGACCUACCACCAGAACGUCAAGAAACUGGGCAGGGGCCAGAGAAAGUGGGUCCAGCAGCCAAAAUAGUCGCUCCCGUAGUGGUCAUUGGGUCGUUGAUCAUAGGGUUGCUGUUGUUGCUGGUGGUGCUUCACAGAAGGCGAUCUCAACAGGCCCGGAGAUGCUCUACAAUACCCCUUAUGAGUGGACAUCAUCAAGUCCCAGAUCGUGGCUCUCAUGUUGAGGAAGGUGAUCUUGAGGAGAUUGGUGAAACAUGGCAUGGCAGCCGGGCCUGAGGAGACACUGCGUGUCACAUGACUUAUGUUAACUCACUGGCAACCUCUGAAAUCAACACUUCCUUGUUUGCUGAUCUCUACUCUAUCAUUGUACUUUCCCAUCUGCACACGGUUGUGUAUAUAAACAGGAAUAACUUGUAUCACUGAGAUUUAGCAGAGGACCCAUUGGCACUUUUAUUCAUCUAAGCUUACUAAGUAAAAAAUCUUUUUCAACAUGUAAUAUCACAGAAAACUGAUUUUAUAGUGAAUUUAUGAUUGCAGUGAAUCUCUGAUAUGUUUUUGUUAUUGGAGGAAAACAUUUUGUUCAUUUAUGCCAACUUAGUAACUGUAGCCUUUGGCAGCUUGGUAGGAGUGGCCCUCCCUCUGACUUCCUAUUGUCAUAUUAUGUCAGCGUUACAAGGGAAAUGUUGAGUCAUGUGUGUGUGUGUGUGUGUGUUUGGCUUUUAUGUGUGGUCAUGUAUUCUUGGGAAACGUAUAUAAUUUAGAUUCUUCAGUCAGAUCUAACAUUUUUAUUUUUUUGACAUUCCACAACUUUAUAAGUAGUCCAAGUUCUGUGAACGUAUUAAAAGACAAGGCUCAAGUUAGGGCUGGGUAUCAGUACUCGACACAUUAAGGUAUCAACCGAAAAAAUCCAGUAGGCUACCAGGUAGCAUAGAAACUUCUCUGGUCGAAUGAUACUGGCAUUCGAUCCUCUUUGGGUUCUGAUCCUUAACCGUCCAGACUUCCCUGUGGAUCAGCAAACUUUACGUUACUACCAUCUCCAGAGCCACGCACCUCAUGGCAAACAGUCGGUCCAGCAUCUGCCUAGUUAGCACAAGCUAACAUAGCAGCAGUGGCUAGCACCCAACACUGAGCCGUUAAAUGGUCCCAACAAACUCACACCAAUACAGAAACAGCUCAGUUCUGUUGUUAAACCUGUCAAUAACUAUUGGGUAAUUGUUAGCGAUGUGAUGCUAACAGUUAGCCCUGUCACUGUGUGUAUGCAGGCAGACUCAGUGUUGGUGCGGAGCUCACAGUCCCGCAGAAACAGCAACAACCCCUAUAGUCUGGGGUGUGGUGAAGUUGAGCGCGGUGUAUUCGACAGAGUUGGCAGUUUGGCGUGCCGAGGUGCCACCAAAACGUUCAGAAUUGUGGCUAUGCUACACGCCACUCUAUCCACAUUAUGGUUAGCAAAUGAAGUACUCAACUGGUAUCAGUCUUGGUAUUCGUAUCCUAAUUUUUUAAAUGAUACUCAGCCAUAACUAGAGUUAAACUAUUUUUUCUGACUGUUAACCAGUCUUUGGAAAAGACCAAAAGCAGCAGUGUGCUAUUUCAAUUCUUCCUACUGAAAAUGUAAAUCAUAAAUGGUUCACAAGCAUUACCUGUUGUUUUAUGUGUAAAAAAGCUUCAGUAGUAGUAGUCAACAGCUGCCCAGCUAACAUAAAACGUUCCUGUAACACUCCUGGAAGGUUCCUUCCAGGUUUCUAUUUCAGUAAUCCUCCCACAAUGUUCUAAGAAUGUUGAACCCACCAAAAUAUGUUCCUGGAGUGUUUUGGGAACCAAGUUUUGCUACCUGGUUGAGUGCUAGCUUUUGGCAAAAGUUUUUCAGGAGUAAAUGGUGUAUUUGCUUAGAGCUAUUUUCAAUAUAGAUUUUGCCUUUUUCUUGAAGGGUUUUUAUUCAUAUAUUUCUUAUGGAUUUAGAACACUGGUUAUUUUCUGCUUAUAGACAAAUAAUCAUAUCAGUGGAUCUGUCUUUAAGUCUGGUGCUACAGCUCACUAACUGAGAACAUUCCGCCCCAGCAAAUUUCAUAUCCUUUUUCUUACCACUGAGAAAGUUCACAAGAUAAAUGCUAGUCGCACUUCCACAUGUCACACGAUUCUCACUUGUCACUGACUAGCUAUUGGAAAAUACAGUGUGGUGUAUCAAAGCCAAAAACAUGUUUUGUGUUCCUCUAACUGUCUUUUAUGAAACUGUUAUAUAAGUUUUGGCAGACGUAUACAACUUCACUGCCAGAUCAACACUUAUCUUCACCAUCUUUAACAGGUUUUAGGUUUCAUUCUGAUCCUCACCCGACACCAGCCCUCAUAGUAAUAGCUGCUCAUAUUUUCAGGGAUCAUGACGCCUGAUCUAAGACCUGCUCUGUAAUGGAGCAGAUCACAUUGUAAUAAAAGCUUUGUCCUGACACCACAAAGUAAAGAGUCACACAGCAAAAAAAAAACUUAUCGACAUCCGCAAAAGUAUAUGAUUAAUCUUGACUGCCUGACACGAAGCCAUAGCCAUUAAUCAUUGACUUUUUGGAGAGAGGAAAACAAGGUCAUUAAAAAAGGUUAAAGGUCUUUAAUAUAGGAGUUUAUGUAGGAUAUUAAAGAAAACCCCACAGGUAUCCUUUAAUGAAACACAAAGGAAAGGAUAAGGAAAGGAAAUUUUAAGGACAUUGUUGUAGAUAGGUACUGUUUUGUAAAUCUGUGAAUAUUGUAAUUCUGUGUUUAACUGUUGUGUUUUAAUAAUUAGCACUGUCUGAACUGAACUGUGAUUUUUUUUUCAUGUAAUAAAACAUGUUUUAAAAUAA